GGCCGGCGCCGGCCGAGCCCCGCGCCGUCGGCAGGCACUGCGGCCGACGGCUCCGAGCGGGGAGGGCGGCGGACGCUCCCGACAGUGACCGCACAGCCGCAAUAUCGACCCACACGGCACGCGCCGCUGCACGCCGAUCGAUUCCGCCGGCGAAUAACGUCCGGUGUGUGUUGUGACCUGCGGACGCAGCCGGUGCGGCAGUGAGCCCGAGGCGGCGGAGCGGUUCUCACGUGCACACGAGUGGGGCGCCGCGAGCACCGACGAUGGGCGCCACGGCCGAGUACGAGUUCAGCAAGGGAGGCCAGGAGCCGGAGCCGGAGCCGACUGUUCAGCUGGUGCCGCGCCAGCCGAGCUCGCCGGGCGCCCGGCCGCCGCCCCGCGUCAUGGGCCGAGAGGACGACAGCGACGAGAACACCAGCGGCGGCUGCCAGGCCCUCCUCAUCUUCCUCUCCUGGCUGCUGGUCAUCUGCUUCUUCCCACUGUCACUCUGCUUCACCAUCAAGGUGGUGCAGGAGUACGAGCGGGCCAUCAUCUUCCGGCUGGGACGGCUGGCGCCCGGCGGCGCGCAGGGACCCGGACUGUUCUUCAUCCUGCCCUGCCUCGACAACUUCCGCUGUGUGGACCUCAGAGUUGUCUCGUUCGAUGUUGCUCCCCAGGAGAUUCUGACCAAGGACCUGGUGACCAUAUCUGUCGAUGCCGUCGUCUACUAUAGAAUCUUCGAGCCGACGGUGUCUGUGACGAAUGUGGAGAACAGUUCAUCGUCCACACAUCUGCUGGCGGCCACCACUCUUCGGACGGUGCUUGGCCAGUACAACUUGUCCGACAUCCUGGCCCAACGCGAGACCAUCGCCCACCUGAUGCAGAGCUCCCUGGACGAGGCUACCGACGCCUGGGGCGUCAAGGUCGAGCGUGUCGAGGUCAAGGACGUGCGGCUGCCAAUGGAGCUGCAGCGCGCCAUGGCCGCCGAGGCCGAGGCCAGCCGCGAGGCCAAGGCCAAGGUGAUCGCCGCCGAGGGCGAGAUGAAGGCCUCCCGCGCCCUCAAGGAGGCCGCCGACGUCAUGGCCGAGAGCCCGAACGCCCUCCAGCUGCGCUACCUGCAGACGCUCAACUCCAUCUCGGCAGAGAAGAACACCACCAUCAUCUUCCCCGUGCCCAUCGACGUGAUCAGUGGACUGAUGAAGAAGUAGUCCGAUGUCGUCACGUCACGACGCUGCCAAACUUCCCUGAACUCACAGCGUUGUUUCUCGGAAAGACUGGGAGUCAUGUCGGGUUGGGAGACUGGACGAACUUUUACUCAUUGGGGAAUGAACAAAAAUGCUCGCGGACUCUCAAAGCUAGGAGAGAGAAAACGAUGGAAAAGCGAUGGACGGUGAGAAAAACGGUGAAGUAUCAGAGGAUACGGACAAGUUUCCGCCAAGAAGGUCGUCCAGCCCCUUCCUGACGGAUGGAGAGCGGUGGCUCGCGCGUCUGCACACAGUGCCGUGGAACGGGUGCCUUGACCGCCGUGCCUGCUGACGGCGGGGAUAGUCCUGCUCAGGGUGGCCUGGCGGCGCGCUGUCCCUGACUGUGAUCUCUCGCACAAGGACUGCCGUCUGCGGCGCCUUGAAACUGGACGCCUUAUGUCUCUGGUAACCGGGGGGUUCACGUAUGUAGUUUUUGAUGUGCCUGCACCCGGCUCGUUUCGUAAGGGCCUUUGCAAAACGUCUUUCGAAGGAAAAUGCUUAGGUCCAUGUUGUCGAUGUGCACGUAACUAUCUUGCAAGUGGUCAGUAUUUAUUUGCAUUGACACGUCUCGACAAUGAUCAGCCAUUCAGUUCCAUGUGUGUUUUUGAGCAAGCAUACCUAUGUCUGCAUGUUUCAUCUCUCUUACAGCCAUUCACAUUUCUACUGAACGACCAUCAUCAGACCAGAACCGUGUUUUGGUGAAAUUACACAAAACAAGGGCGAAGCAAUUCGGUUAGACAAGUGCGUCUACGGAAACAUGUACCUAUGUCUACCUAUUGCAAAAUUACCUCGAAUCGACAUCAUACUCGUGUGCGAUGGAAGAGAACUCGAAGUUAUCGUUUCAUGUGCAUAUCAACGCUUCGCAUGAGUUCGUGUUCGGUCAUCAUCAUCGUCUUAUGUGGAUUAGGACUUAGGAGUCACAUGAUUUUGUUUCAGCGGUUGACAAUUAUUUGUCGUUUAGUUAAAAAGGCACGUUUAUCUGUAUAGUUGUACACAUACGAAGAAUAUACGAUCCUUUGGUAAAAUAAAAUGUGCGAAAUCCAAAUGAUUUGUUUAAC